AUGGAGAUCAAGGACCAGGUAUCUAUUGAUAAACCGGAUGCCAUGAAGGGUUCCGUCAGAAAUCGGAACAAGAACAAAUAUUGUCAUUUCCAUAAGGACAUUGGCAACGACACCAAUGACUGUUUUAGCCUCAAACGGCUGUUCGACUGUCUGGCUGAUAAAGGAGUAUUGAAGUCCAACAUUUCUAAAUCCAAGGUGACCCUCAAAGAAAACAAUGGACAACCGUCUAAGAAGGCACCCCAAUCUGCUAAUAGUUCGGACACUGAUGAUGAAACGAUCUAUGCUAUAGCAGGCGGCUUUACCGGUGGGGGUCCUACCAUUCGAGGCACCAGGGAUUACGUCCGGAGGCUGAACGUCAACACAGUGGAUGAGGGCCAGGCUUCGAAAGACACCUUCCCUGACGUCCUCAUCACUGAGAAAGAUAGGGGCAAGGUCAGGCGGCCGCAUGAUGACCCCAUUGUGAUCGAGUGCAAGAUAGCUAACCAGAAGGUUGGCCGGAUCCUAAUCAACACUGGGAGCUCAUCCGACCUGAUUAGUCACAAGUGCUUAGCUAAGCUCAAGUACAAGCCCAGUAGCAUGACUUUAGUCUCUCACCCCUUAGUUAAAUUUGGGGGAGGGGUUGUGCAUCCGGUGGGAAGAAUCGACAUACCCAUCCGGUUGGGAGAGAAAGGGGCAGAACGCCACACGGUGGUUCGGUUCCUUGUUGUAAAGGAGUUGACCGCCUAUAACCUGAUACUAGGCAGGCCAACGCUGAAUGAGUCCAAAGCGGUCAUCAUUCCCUCCCUCAUGCUCCUAAAAUUCGAAAGAGGUGAUGGGUCUGUAGGCUCCCUGAGCGGAGACCAGAAGACGGUGAGAGAAUGCUAUCUCUCAUACGUCAAACCAACUGUGACUGUAGCCGAUCAGGAUAAGGAGCCUGUAGACCUUGAUGAGGUCAAAGAAGCUGCGCCUGCUCCAAGAGCAGCCUGUAAAAAGAGAAAGGAAGACCAAUUAGCAACCGUCAAGAAAGAGAAGCAAUAA